UUGAGAACAUACCUUCCCUCCUCUGGCUCGUUCAAUAGCAGAGAAGAUGUCGGCAGCCUCAUAAAACGAUUCACGAUCCGUAAUCGAAUACAUUAUGACGAACCCUUGAGAAGUUUGAAUGCAACUUUCACUGUUCUGAAAGAAGCUGCAUUCUUUUUUAUUCAUAAUGGGGAAAAGAUAGAGAAAACGUACAUUAGAAUCCACAAUAUCGAUCAUAAAUGUGUUACUGAGACUGGCUUCUGUACGUUUUCCUAGAAGAUCACUAAACAGGAUAUCAUUCCCAUAUUGCACACGAGUCAGGCUAGUUUUCCCCACACCUGAUCCACCCAUCACCCCAAUUCUGCAUUCCCUAAUGCGCUUGCAGUUGAAAUCAUCAUCCGACAAACUAUCAUCAUCCAUGAUCUCUCUAUAAGCCGGAUUUUCAUGCUCGGUCAUUUUUUCAGCAUUCAGAGCGCGUAGAAAGAUCGCCAAUUCCAGGUUAGGCACUGGUGGAGUCGUCUUCGGACGCUCGCCGCACACAAUGCACUGAGGCGAUUUAUAAGCAAGACCUGCUGA